UUUUUAUUCGCUCCGAAAAUUUUCAAAGUGAACAUUUUGUGCCGAAACACAGACUAAUCCUCUAAAAAUGGCUUUCGUUGGCAAGAAAUACAAGCUGGACAAGUCCGAGAACUUCGAUGAGUACAUGAAGGAGUUGGGCGUUGGUCUGGUGACGCGCAAGAUGGGCAACAGCCUGAGCCCCACCGUUGAGGUGACCAAGGAGGGUGACACCUACACCCUGACCACCACCUCCACCUUCAAGACCUCCGCCAUCAGCUUCAAGCUGGGCGAGGAGUUCGACGAGGAGACCCUCGACGGACGCAACGUGAAGAGCAUCAUCACCCUGGAUGGCAACAAGCUGACGCAGGAGCAGAAGGGCGACAAGCCCACCACCAUUGUCCGCGAGUUCAACGACGGCGAGCUGAUCACCACCCUCACCAUCGGCAGCGUGAAGUGCGUGCGCGUCUACAAGGCCGUCUAAGAAUCCGGCAGCUGUCCAUGACUGAUCUAUAUCUAUAACCAAACGACUACUAACUCAGAUAGCCACUAUUGUUAUUGACUAACAGUAAACUAAACUAAACCAAAUGGAUCUGCACGCUCAGAGAAAUGUUAAUUUAUAAUCGCACCCGUACACCCGAAGUCGGUGUAGGUGAGAAUAUUCCCCUCACUUUCGGGGAACCAAUUUCCAAAUGCAUUUGAAUAAACUGAAACACUGAAGUGCUUUACAA